UCAGGAAUCAAAUGUUAAUGUUGCCAUGAUCUGCAGUUCAGUCCCUGGCGUAUUUUGUGCUGGGGCAGAUUUAAAGGAGCGCAGAAACAUGAGUCAAUCAGAGGUUAAGGUUUUUGUGAAUUCUCUUUGCUCCGCUUUCUUAUAUUUAGAGAAGGUUUGCAUACCUACUAUUGCUGUUAUUGAAGGAGUUGCACUUGGGGGUGGACUUGAAAUGGCCCUGGCAUGUGAUAUUAGAAUAUGUGGGGAAAAUGCUCUGAUGGGUUUGCCCGAAACUGGACUCGCCAUAAUCCCUGGGGCAGGUGGAACACAACGACUACCUAGAUUGGUUGGAAACGCAAUAGCAAAGGAGAUUAUAUAUACUGGUCGAGAGAUUAAUGGCAAAGAGGCUCUGUCCUUAGGACUUGUAAAUUACUUUGUUCCUGCUGGUGAAGCCUACUCAAAGGCACUCGCAGUUGCUCGGGAAAUCAAUGCGAAGGGUCCAGUAGCUAUAAGGAUGGCUAAAAGAGCUAUCAGUGAGGUGGUUGAUACUGAUAUGAGAUCAGGUUUGGCCUUGGAAGAAGAUUGCUAUGAUCAGGUGCUGAAUACAAAAGAUAGAUUGGAAGGCUUGGCUGCGUUUGCUGAGAAGCGGAAACCAAAGUAUACUGGAGAGUGAAAGUAGUGGCUUAUCUUUGUCUUUGCCGCUACAGAGGAAUGUCUGUCAUUCUGUGAUUAGAGUAAUCUAUCUAUAGCCUUGUGACUAUAUUGCUGGGGACUGUCGCAUUCCCAAACAGCAGAAAAAAUGUAUCUAAAAUAAUGCACAUUGAAACACUACAUUCCCUAUGAAGCAAUAAUAUUCAUCCUUCAUUAUUUUA